AAAGCUCUUUAUGAGGUCACCAUCCUACUCGUGCCAGAUCUCUGCAGAUGGAGACGCUCAAGCUUUGAAAAACACUUGAAGGGCGACCAUGCCUCACUUUGCAAAACCUCUUUUAAGAAAUAUUAUUAUCAGAAAUCUAUUCAAUAACAUGAAGAGGAAGCAAUGUCUCCAGUAUUUGAAAACGCUGAGAACACUGCAGUGUGAUGGGUUUACGAGUGUAUAUUUUGGGGAGACUGAUAUCCCUGAGAGUCUGGUAACAGGGGAAGAUUUUAGUGAUGGCUAUUUCAUGCCACGUCCAACUUGGUGUAUCACGCAUGCCGGUGGCAGUCAAGGAUGGAUGCCUUGGAAAUAUCGGAUUUUCCUAAGGGAUGAGUUAUGCAUCAAACAAGAAGACAGCCUCUUCUCGGAGUUCUGUGACGUGGCAAAGAAGACCUACGGGAAGUGCACGAUUGUGGUCAAAGAGACAAGGCGGCAGGAUGAGACGGAGCCAGAGGAAGACAAGGAAUCCGAGGCCCAGGCCCACGUCCCAUCGGUCAUGAACUUAACGAACGUCACGUGUUGUCCCGAGGUGGCCAAGUCCUAUGGCCAUGAACUACUCUCUCUGCCUUCCCCUUACAGCUAUCUGAACCCUCUAGACUCAGCCUGGUCUUCUCUGAAGUGGUUUAUCAUCAAUAACAGAAAGGAGUUUUGUUUGCAGUCCGUGGAUGGUGUCUGUUCUUACCAGUAUAUACUCUUCAGUGAUUUAAUUAGCCAAGGGAUUGAAAGGAUAAACCCAAGCAAAUGGAGAACACUAACAAACAAAGUACGAAGAUGGGAAAACUACUAUCUUGGUAAAUUUCCUGAAGUGCGAUUCCUCUAA